UUCUUUCCAUCUAUAAAUCAGACCGCUUUCCUCCGGCUCCAACUAUAUUAAUCUCUCCCUCCCUCCUCGCCCCAUCUCCAUAGCCCCUCCCCCUCUUCUUCUGGAGAUGAAACAUGAGAUCUCGGUUUCUGGAUCUCGACAACAAGGGUUGCGCGGCGAACCAGACGAGCGAAGCCGAGGACGAGGGGAGGAGGCGGAGAGGGCAAAACCAGAGGCCGGCAUGGCUGGAGCAGCUCUUGAGCACCGACUUCUUCGGGCCGUGCGAGGCGCACAAGGACAUAAAGAAGAGCGAGAUCAACAUCUACUGCGUCGACUGCCGCUGCAGCAUGUGCGCCAACUGCCUCUCCCUGCCGUCCUCCCCUCACCGCCGCCACCGCCGCCUCCAGAUCCGCCGCUACGUCUACCAGGACGUCGUCCGCGUCCUUGACAUCCAUAAACUUCUCGAUUGCUCCAAAGUCCAGUCUUAUACGGUGAACAGUGCCAAGGUGUUAUUCCUCCACCCCCGGAAUCAAUCGAAGUCGUCCAAACCCAACCCCGGCAGCCCUCUUUGCAACAUGUGCAGUCGCUCCGUUGCCGAGCCCAAUCGCUACUGCUCCGUCGCCUGUAAGGUGUUCGACGAUUCCAAGGACGCAUCCACCGCCCAUGUUGAUGAGUGCGACCGAUCAGAGCCGUGCUUACCACAUCUGACGUCUGACUUCGAGGACGAGCCCGAUGCUGAAGCGUCCGACGCGAGCCAGGAUGGGCGUCCCGACUCGCCUCGCCCCGGUUGGAGGACACGUGUCAGGAAAGGAGUUCCCCAAAGGUCGCCAUUCUUCUAAUUGAAUCCAACCUACUUACCAUUUGUUUAGCCGUCGAAUCAAUAAAUGCUUAGUAAAUAAAUAGCUAAUUAAACGCAUAUCAUCAUUCCAUUUCUGUUAUAUCUGUGCUUAUAUUUGGAGUAUUUUUUUUCUGACUUAUCAAAUUAGAAAUCCAGAUGAUGAAAACAUGAUGGUGGAAUCAAAAUUGGAUGUAGAUAUCUCUUAUGUUUCAUAAGAUUUUGAGAAAUCGAUCGAUCUUGAAUACACUCUUUUAUUGCAGAUCGAGCAUAAAAGCUGUUUUUUGUGAAUUCUCUGAUGAAUUUAGGAGGUAUUUUACAUGAAAGUGAAGUCCUUGAUUAGGAACACUCAAAAAGUCUACUAAGUGGGGAUCACAAACAUCAUUAUGAUGUUUAAGCAUCUAUUAGCAUAGGAAUCAUGAUCCAUGUGGAGCAAUGGUACGUAAUGA